AUGAGCGACCCUCAGGCAAAUGAGGCUGAGAAGAACAUCGAGAUAUGGAAGGUGAAGAAGCUCAUCAAGCGCCUCGAGGCGGCUAGAGGAAACGGCACCAGCAUGAUCUCGUUGAUCAUCCCUCCCAAGGCCCAGAUCUCGCAGGCAGCCAAGAUGUUGGCUGAAGAAUACGGUACUGCCUCGAAUAUCAAAUCUCGCGUGAAUCGGCAAUCUGUCCUUUCGGCCAUUACUUCCACCCAGCAGAGGCUUAAGCUCUACAAUAAGGUUCCACCAAAUGGCCUCGUCGUGUACUGUGGUGAAAUCUUGACCUCGGAAGGCAAGGAGAGGAAGGUCAACAUCGAUUUUGAGCCUUUUAAGCCGAUCAACACCUCACUCUAUCUUUGCGACAACAAGUUUCACACCGAGGCACUCGCCGAGCUGCUCGAGUCAGACCAGAAGUUUGGUUUCAUCAUCAUGGACGGUAACGGAGCUCUGUUUGGCACUCUGAGCGGCAACACCCGAGACAUCGUCCACAAGUUCUCGGUUGAUCUUCCCAAGAAGCACGGACGUGGUGGUCAGUCCGCUCUACGUUUUGCGCGUUUGCGUGAGGAGAAACGUCACAACUACGUUCGCAAGGUCGCUGAGUUGGCUGUGCAAAACUUUAUCACGGCUGACAAGGUCAACGUUGCUGGUCUCAUUCUCGCCGGUUCGGCUGAUUUCAAGAAUGAUCUUAAUGCCUCCGACAUGUUUGACGGCCGUCUGGCGACCAAGGUCAUCAAAGUUGUUGACGUUUCGUACGGUGGCGAGAACGGCUUCAACCAGGCGAUUGAGCUUUCGUCUGAGACACUUGGUAACGUCAAGUUCAUCCAGGAGAAGAAGCUCAUUGGCAAGUACUUUGAGGAGAUCAGCCAGGACACCGGCAGAAUCUGCUAUGGUGUUGAGGAUACGCUCAAGGCCUUGGAGUUGGGUGCUGUGGAGACGCUCAUUGUUUUCGAGAACCUGGAGAUCACCCGCUGGACUCUCAAGGACAGCACUGGUACCGAGAUAAUCCUUCACACAACUAAGGAGCAGGAGACCGGAAACCGGGAUCAGUUCAUGGACAAGGAGACGGGACAGGAGAUGGAAGUUGUCAACCAAGAGUCCUUCCUCGAGUGGAUUGCCGAGCACUACAAGGACUUUGGUACGGCGCUGGAGUUCGUCUCGGACCGUUCCACCGAAGGCAACCAGUUCGUUAAGGGCUUUGGUGGUAUCGGCGGCCUCCUCCGAUACAAGGUGAACUUUGAGCAGUUAGCUGAAGUUGACGACGAUGACGACUACUACGAUGAGUCGCCCGUCUUUGAGCAGCGUGCAGCGAAACUGUCUCGGACAGAGCGAUUGGCGAUGGAGAUGGGGCACAAGUCGAGCCCCAACACCAGCGUUGGGCAUCAAGUCGUGCGCCCCAGCCCGCUUCGCUCUGUGAUGACGGCUUCUUGA